AUGGCGGAUUCUGCGAGAGAUAUGGAGGGCGUCAAGGCGUCGAACCAGCCGUCCGGUGGAGAACAGAUGCUCGAAACGAAAGGCAAUGAUAUCAACAGCAGUUCAUCGAAUCAACCAUCACCGUCCGCGUCAUCGUUUGAUGGCGGUGCACUUCCGGAUCACGAUCCGCCGCCGACAGAGAACGGUUUGACAGUGGGAACAGUUAGCAAGGAGGAGAUCGACAAAUAUAAGAUUUAUAGGUACAAUAAACCCAAGCUGAAAUUGGGCGUAGGCAACGCCGUAUGCAACAACAUCCUCUACCCGAGGAAGACAGGGACCAAGAUUCUCCUCUACGCUUGCCGCAAUUGCGAUCACCAGGAGGUUGCUGAAAACAACUGUGUGUAUAGAAAUGAAGUGCAUCACUCUGCUGGUGAACGCACUCAAGUAUUGCAGGAUGUGGCUGCUGAUCCAACUCUUCCUAGGACUAAAGCCAUUAUUUGCGCCAAUUGUAAACACGGAGAGGCUGUGUUCUUCCAGGCAACUGCUAGAGGGGAGGAAGGUAUGACACUGUUUUUUGUCUGCUGUAAUCCAAACUGUGGACAUCGGUGGAGAGAUUGAGAUGUGGUUGCUCUCAUAAGUUG